UAGGCUGGCUGGAACACGACUACACAGGGUUGGCUUGCUUGCAAACAGAGAGAGCCAACUGUCAGGUUGCAAGAUGGCUAACGUUACGCUUCAGUCGUUUAACGUCUUUCUGACGGAAAGAUUAACAGCAGCUGCGGUAGACAUCUAUGGAUUCGUUGAGAAGACAAUAAUAGACUACCAGGAGGAGGUGUACCAAACAAAACUGGAGAACCAGAGGUUGCAGCGGCUGCUGGAUUUGGUCUACAAACCAGAGAUAAGACUGCACAGGGCAGAUUCAAGGCAGAUCGAUUUGCCCACACCAACACAGGAGGUUUGUGCUCAGGAGCAGCAGAUACAGAAGGAAUGUAUUCCAAGUGAGGCCAACAAGGAGCCAGUCAUCCGGCCCAUUAAAGAGGAACUGACUGAACUCUAGACCAGGUCUGUGGAGACACCUGAAUGUCCGCCAUAGAGCAGCGUUACAGACACGAAUGUCCGGCAUACAUCAGUGUUACAGACACACUAACUCAGAUUGUCACUGUUGGGAAGCAUGAAGAAAAUUAGAACCCAGACAUCCUAACUCGAGUUAUAAUAGUCGGAGAGCACAUGGAAUAUGAGGUGCCAUCACAAGAUCACCAACCGUUACCAUCCUUUGGAGUAUCUCCAGUGUACACAAAGAAGAAAAACAUGUUUUUUGUAAUAUUUGCUGUCAGGCUUUUCUGAGAAAAGUCAAAAAUAAAAUAGCACCUCGCAGCUCAUGCAAGUUUAUCAAAGCCGACCAAAACAGUGUACACCUGCUUCACCUUUGACCGACACCAGGAGUCAAAUGAUCAGCCACAUGAGAGCACACGCCCACACGCUGACGAGAAACCAUUUUCCAGUCGCAUUUGGGGUAACUGAUACAAACUGAAAGUUCAUAUGAAAUAACAUAUGAGGAGUCACACUAGAGAAAGGCCUUAAAUCUGUGGGAAAAGCUUCAACAGAUCUUCGACCAUGACUAAACACGCCAGGAUCAAACAGGGAGAACAUGCCGUUUAAGUGCAUGCAGUGCAGCCAGCGCUUUCCUCUGCUCUUUGCGUUCAAACAGCACAUGAAGACGGUCCACGAUGUCACCUUCUCUGUUGCUGUAACAAUGCUGAUGCUGACUUCCGUUUAAAGUUGAGAAGAUACGCCGAGACUGAUGGCUUCUUCUGAUGAUGAGAGCUUCUUUAUAGACGCCAAACCGCCAACUGCACCUACAUCCGCCGAGGAGAUUCCCCCUAAACAGCAGGAUUGGAACCCGGGUGCGUGCCAGGACGAGCCAGGACCCUCCCAGGUUAAAGUGGAGGAGGAUGAGCAGGAGGAGGAACUGUGGAUCAACGGCAUGGAUGAGCAACCUUCAGCGGAGGACAGCGAUGACGGGGACGCCUUGACGAAAGAACUCAUCCGAACAGUGCAGCAGUUGGAAGACUGUAGAGCAGCAGAGGAGAGCACAGAGCCGAAGCAAAGCCCUGCAGAGGAUCCAGAGCACUCGGAAGAGAAGACGAGUACCACCUUAUAUCGCUGCCACAUAUGCAACUACAUAUUCACCAAAAAAACUGUGCUUACAUGGCACCUCAAGACACACGAGAGCAAGUCACAUGACAGCAAGGGGAACUUUGACUGUCACAUAUGUGGCAAACACAUACCCUGUCAGAGCAAUCUGCAGAACCACAUGAGAGUACACACGGGAGAGAGACCCUACAGCUGCCAUUUCUGUGGCAAGUGUUUUAAACUGAAAGGACACAUGACAGAACACAUAAGGACUCACACAGGAGAGAAGCCUUUCAGCUGUCACAUCUGUGACAAAUCUUUUAACAGGGGUUCAACUCUGAGAAAACACGUUUUUGCCAAACAUAAAGAGGAGAGACCAUACAAAUGUGGGGAUUGUGAUGAGUUAUUUACUGAAAGGUUGCUCAUGAAGAAGCACAUGCGAAAAGUUCACGGAGUCAAACUUUCCACGAGUCAAAGUCCUGCCUAGAAAUUCAGGACAGAAGUCAUAUUAAUGAAGUUAUGUUGCACACAGUCUAAACGUUUCGAUUAUAGAGCCUGUGAGUUUUGGCAAGUGAGUUUUCACCUGUGAGUUAUUUUACCAAUACCAGAAGGUUUUAUAGUUUAGUACACAAGCCAAACUUCUCAAAUGUUGAAUGUUGUCUAACAUAAGCCAUACAAAAACUUUGAAAUGAUAUUGAGUGAUAUGGUAAACUAGUCCUUUUAAAUCAGGAAUCUUUCUGAUCAAAGAACAAUUCUAAAUAUAAUUGAUUCCAACUUCCAACAGCUUUCCACUCAAUACUACAGAACAGUACACACAAUGAGGUUCAAUAACCUGCCCUGUAGAGACUCCAUAGAUUAAAGUGCUCAUAUUAUGCUCCUUGUCAGGUUCAUAAUUGUAUUUAGAGGUUAUAUCAGAAAAGGUUUACAUGGUUUCAUGUUCAAAAAACACAAU